AUGGGUGCUACCUGGCGGAGCCCUGGAUGGGUGCGGCUCGCGCUCUGCCUCGCGGGCCUCGGGCUCUCUCUUUACGCUCUGCAUGUGAAGACGGCGCGCGCCCGGGACCAAGAUUACCGCGCGUUCUGCGACGUGGGCACCGCCAUCAGCUGUUCACGCGUCUUUUCCUCCAGGUGGGGUCGAGGCUUUGGCCUGGUGGAGUACGUGCUGGGCGCUGACAGUGUCCUCAAUCAGUCCAACAGCAUAUUCGGUUGCAUCUUCUACACAGUACAGCUGCUGCUAGGCUGCCUCCAAAGCCGUUGGGCCUCCCUCCUGCUGGUGUUGAGUUCUUUGCUGUCACUCGCUGGCUCUGUCUACCUGGCCUGGAUCCUCUUCUUUGUGCUCUAUGAUUUCUGCAUCGUUUGCAUCACCACCUAUGCCAUCAAUGUGGGCCUGACAGUACUUAGCUUCCGAGGGGCCCCGGGGCCCCAGGGCAAAGUCAAGGGGCACUGA